AGAGAAAGGCAGCAGAGACGAAAGAGUGUUUGGUUGUGGAGGCAUAGAGGCCGGCUCCUUGUCUGCAGGUUGGUGGGAAUUGAAACAUUAUGGCGCCCUAGUUUUGCAUGUUAAGCUGUUGAUUUCUUAAACGUCAACUUUUGAUUUUUCUUUUUUUUUUGCCUUGCAUUGCACUUCCGCAAGUACUGUUGAUCUCUCAACUGCUUGCUUUAAUUGCGCUUAAACGAUCUCUCCCACGACAAGGUAGCAACUAGCAUUAGCCUCUGUUUGGUCUCCUCGGAUUCGUUUUUUUUUUUUUUUUUUUUUUUAAACCACGAGAGCUGCACUAAACUGCUAGUUAACUAGCUAACUGAGAGCGAGCAUGUCUACUUCUCACCGGAGCCAAACGGGCUCGACUAACGACUUCCACAACAACCAAGAGAACAUGCUGUCAAGACUACGAGGCUCCCUAAAGCCCAGGGCGGCGGAGAACCAGGAGAAUAUUCCGCCCAAGCAACCGGUGGCCCACAGAACCGUGCUGGGAUCCCUGCAAGGCAACCAGAGAAGCAAAGCACCGAACCAGCGUGCUGGCAAACAGGAGUCCUCACAGCCACUUUCUUGCAAAAAUGACGAUUCCUGCAAAGUCUCAAAGCAGCCCACGUUCCAAAUCCAUGUGGACGAGCCAGUUGGCGCGUGUGUCAAGAAGCACCGGGGCGCGGAGGCCCCCAAAGUCCAGGAGGUGGAGGAAGCUUCGCCCCUGAAGGUGGACAAUGCUGUGACGCGUCUGCGGCAGCCCCUUGCCGCGCUCAAUAUUCCUGCGUCCAUGGACAUGAGUUUUGACUCUCCCAUGGACAUGUCUUUGAUGGAGGGUGAGGACAAGCCUGUCAAUGUAACUGAUGUUCCGGAAUACGCUGAUGAGAUUCACACCUACUUGAGGGAAAUGGAGGUGAAGAGCCGGCCCAGGGCGGCCUACAUGAAGAAGCAGCCGGACAUCACAAACAGCAUGCGUGCCAUCCUGGUGGACUGGCUGGUGGAGGUGGGUGAGGAGUACAAGCUCCAGAACGAGACACUCUACCUGGCAGUCAACUACAUCGACCGCUUCCUGUCAUCCAUGUCCGUGCUGAGGGGCAAGCUCCAGCUGGUGGGCACUGCCGCCAUGCUACUGGCCUCCAAGUUCGAGGAGAUCUACCCGCCUGAAGUGUCGGAGUUCGUGUACAUCACAGACGACACGUACACCAAGAAGCAGGUGCUGAGAAUGGAACAGCUGGUGCUCAAGGUGCUCUCCUUUGACCUGGCGGCGCCCACCAUCAACCAGUUCCUCACGCAGUACUUCCUGCAUCACAGCAUCGGCGAGCAGGCCCGAAGCCUCGCCAUGUACCUGGGGGAGCUCAGCCUGGUGGAUUCUGAUCCGUUCUUAAAGUACCUUCCAUCUCAGACCGCCGCGGCCGCCUACAUCCUGGCCAACGCCACCCUGGCUGGUGCAUCAUGGCCCAAACCCUUGGUGGAGAAGACAGGCUACACUGUGGAGGAGCUGAGGCCGUGCGUGGAGGAUCUUCACCAGAUGUACCUGAACGCAGCACAGCACGCUCAGCAGUCCAUCAGGGAGAAGUACAAGGCAGCAAAGCACCAGGAAGUUUCCCUCAUCGACCCCCCAGCAACUCUGCAGUUUGAAUGACAUCUUUCACUUUAAGUUGUAUUUCCUGUCACUAGUCUUUUGAAAUGUGGGCGUUACCUUUUUAUACAUGUUUUUACCCCCUGAUGUUCAUGCUGAUGCCGCAGGUGUUAAAUCGUGUUUUAAAAUCACCAGUAUGUAAAUACAAACUGAACUGAUAUUUUUUUUGGCGGGGGGUUGCCCAAGCAGUUUUAAUUGCGGGUUUAAAAUUUUUUGUAUUUUAAAUCAAACGCUAAAUGUCCAAGUUGGUGGGAUGACAACAUUAAACAUGUUUGUCAGUCAUGGAGUCAGCUGUGUCUUUACGUUGACAUCUUGGGUGUCUUGCAGCACUGUAAAAAUAGGCUCUUGUAAAUAAAUCAGUUUUAAAGCUCACUUUUUGCUAUGCACAGUUGUCGAAUUGAACACUGGAGGGCAGCAGAGGAUCACGGUCUGAAAGGUCCAACUAGGUAUGGCUAGCAAUACUCUGUACCACAAUGGCACUAAUUUUAGUUUUUGC